AUGGAUGCCUCCAAACGGUGUCAACAUGCGGUCGUGCAAUUUUUUACAUCGGAAAAUGUGAGUUCUGAAAUCUAUCAUCGAAUACAAAGUAUGAAGUGUAUGAAACACAGAUCGGUAUUCCGAUGGUGUAGUGAUUUUCAUAGUGGAAAAAGCAGUGACGACAGGCCACGACCUGGUCAAGUACAUGUGGUGAUCACCCAGGAAGCAGUUGCAAAUGUGGAUCGUCUCAUGAAAAUGAAUUGGCUAAUCAGCACUUUAGAAAUAGUGGAAGAAAUGUCUAUGAGCAUAGGAAGUGUGCACACAAUAAAUACUGCGCGAAAAGUUGCGAUACCGCAAGGUUUGUGUGCUAUAGGUGCCAAAACAUUUGACAGAGGAGCAGAAAAGAUUCAUUGUAUGUCUGUUUCCAUGCAACAUCUUUCCAUGCGGUACCAUGAAAUGGGGAACCAAUUCCUUUCAAGGAUCAUUGUCAUUAAUGAAACAUGGUGCCAUCACUUUAAUACAGCCACCGAAAGCAUGAGCAUGGAAUGGUGA